UCUACAAAAUCAAAACGAAAUCUGAUGGCACUAUUGAGAGAUAUAAAGCUCGUCUAGUUGCUAGAGGCUUUACUCAAGAAUAUGGCAUUGAUUACGAGGAAACUUUUGCACAGUUGCCCGUCUUACAUCUGUUCGAAGUUUACUAGCCGUGGGAGCAUCAAAACACUGGGAUAUGUGGCAAAUGGAUGUCAAGAACGCAUUUCUCAAUGGAGACUUACACGAGGAAGUUUAUCUCAAACCUCCUCCAGGUUUUUCCCACUCUCCAAAUCAAGUGUUCAAGCUUAACAAGGCCCUUUAUGGUCUUAAACAAGCACCUCGGGCUUGGUUUGAAAAAUUCAGCAAAGUAGUUCAGCAAUUGGGAUUUUCUUCAAGCCCAUAUGAUCAUGCUCUUUUCAUUCGACGAUCUGAACGAGGAAUUGUUUUACUUCUUCUAUAUGUCGAUGACAUGAUCAUUACUGGAGAUGACAGUGCGGGAAUUUCUGAACUUAAACAAUUUCUUAGUCAGCAAUUUGAGAUGAAGGAUCUCGGUUCAUUAAGCUACUUCUUAGGUCUUGAGGUUACUUCAGUUCCUACUGGUUACUCUCUCUCACAAGUAAAGUAUGCAUCUGACCUUUUGUUGAAAUCUGGAAUCAGUGACACUAAGAUUGUUUCUACACCUCUGGAUUAUGAGGUUAAACUUAACGCCAAAGAUGGUGAAUUACUUUCUAAUCCUACAUUGUAUCGCCAAUUGGUUGGAAGUUUAAUUUAUCUCACUGUCACUCGUCCAGAUAUUGCUCAUGCAGUGCAUAUUGUAAGUCAGUUCAUGGCAGCUCCUCGUACUCCUCACUUCACAGCCGUCCUUCACAUACUUCGUUAUGUUAAAGGCACCAUAUUUCAUGGAUUACAUUAUUCAUUUGACUCCCCACUUGAGUUACAUGCUUACUCGGAUGCUGAUUGGGGCGGUGAUCCUACUACCAGAUGUUCCACUACUGGAUUUUGUUUCUUUCUUGGCGACUCUCUUAUUUCCUGGCGCAGUAAGAAACAAUCUCUUGCUUCUCGAUCAAGUGCCGAGUCUGAAUAUCGAGCUCUUGCUGACACCACACAGGAAUUAAUCUGGCUACGAUGGUUACUCGAAGAUAUGAGUGUAACUCAUUCUCCGGCCACUUCUAUUUACUGUGACAACAAAAGUGCUAUAGACAUUGCUCACAACGACGUCUUCCAUGAGCGCACUAAACAUAUAGAGAUCGAUUGUCAUUUCACUCGUCAACAAGUUGCCAAAGGCACAGUUCAUUUACAUAGUGUCACGAGUGCAGAUAAUACUGCAGAUAUCUUUACAAAAGCUCAACCUCCUGGCAGUUUUCGCAAUUACGUUUCCAAACUCAAGUUGGUUCUGCAACCAUCUUAAGUUCGAGGGGGGGUGUUAAAGUCUCUAGUUCACAUUAACACAAUGUCAACUCCUAGAUUGAAACACCAGCUCUUAAACUCUACAG